UUGAAAAAAAUGCUCCAGAUAGUCGACUACCUGACUACGUUCAUUCAGCCUUCGUCUAAAGCAUCGGUUCAGAAAAAUAAAUCAAAAACUAGAAGGAUGUCUACACCGAACUUGAGGUCUGGCACAACACACAACCAAGGAUAUCUGAAUUACUACCCUAAUCAGCCAGCUGUGCAGAUACAUCGGGUACCCAACUUCCCGCCACACUACGCCUAUCAGUACCAUCCAGGAUGUCCACUUUGCCCCAUUGAUCCACACUUUUCUCGGUAUCCUUACUAUCAACAUCCUUAUCCACAUCAGGUACCCAUGCCUCCGGUUUAUUACCAUCCAGAUCGAUGGCAAAUGGCCAAUCCCAGAUGAUUUAGUGUAGUAAAUGUGUUGUAGCGUGAUUAUUAUUACUAAAUCUCGGCCUAAUACUCAAUUCGGAUGCUUUAUUAUUGCUCGUUUAGACUUAUUGUGGAAUUCCUCAACUCUUCCUAAAGUAGAAGAAGUACUACCGCAAACUUCAAACAUGGAAACUGAAUUUUGGAACUUAAAU